UACACUUUGACAUGCAAGCCCUCCUUCAGCCCACCGCAAAUAUGUCUGCGUCCUGUGGCGUUGUAUCGUGAGUGUUGAUUUUUCAAGGGUGAGGAGUCAAAUCCGUACAUAAACUAUUUCGGGAUCAACGAGGAACACGAUUUUGCAGCCAGAUUUUAAUAAUUGAGGUAUGGCUGUGAAGAAUUUCGCCAAACAUUUCUCAGUCUGUCAGAUGGUAGCACGAUGCCUUCAUGUCAGCAGGUGUGACCUUCAACUGGGAACUGCUCUACAGCCAGAAGGGCGAGAGAUACCUAAAGCUAUUUUCCGGACAUCAGAGUUAGAUCCAGAAAAUCAUGGCGAACAGCAAAUUGGACAGUUUUACACAAUACCAGAUAAUGAAGUGAAGAGUGUUUUUCCACAUGGUCUUCCUUAUCGUUUUCAACAGCAGAUUAAAACUUUUAAUGAAACCAGUGUGAUGGUACGGCACCCAGCAGUAGAGGUAAUUGGGUACAUGAAAAAAGCCAACUACUCUCAUCCAUGUGUGCGUUACAUUCUUUAUGGUGAGAGGGGCACUGGAAAAUCGCUAUCGUUGUGUCAUAUAUUGCAUUACUGUGCUAGGAAGAACUGGAUAAUCGUGCACAUCCCUGAUGCUCACCUAUGGUUGAAGAACUGUCGGGAAUUAAUGCCUUCUUCUUACAAUGCAUCAAGAUUUGAUCAACCUGUGGAGGCCUCAGUUUGGCUGAAGAAUUUUCGUAUUACUAAUGAAAGGUUUCUCAAACAGAUGAAAACUCAACAGAAGUACAUUUGGAGCAAACGGGAAUUCACUGAUGAGGGGCAUCCUCUCAUUGAAGUGAUAGAUCAGGGUCUAACACGUGUGAAGAAUGCCAGUGACUCUGUUGGCAUUGUUCUAAAAGAGCUGAAAGCCCAGUGUCAAUCUGGAACAUUCAAACUUGUGGUUGGUGUAGAUGGAGUUAAUGCACUGUGGGGCCAGACCACCUUACGAAAAGAGGACAAGAGUCCGGUAUAUCCAGGUGAAUUGACCCUCAUUCACAAUCUAAGAAAAUUGAUGAAAAACGACUGGAAUAAUGGUGCAGUUGUUGCCACAGUAACACAGACUGGAUCCCUGUUCACACCAAAAGCUGCGUACCUGCCUCAUGAGCUGCUUGGAAAGGAUGGCUUUGAUUUCUUGGAUCCUUUUCUUCCCAUUCAAGUCACUGGGUACAGUGAACGAGAGUUUGAAAGCUGUUAUCAAUAUUACAAGGAUCGUCACUGGAUACAACACGAGAAAGCACAUACAGAAGAUGGUAAAAAAGAACUAAUAUUUCUGAGCAAUAGGAACCCAGCAGUCUUGGAAAGAAUUUGUUCAUUCCUCUGAUUAUCUUAUGAACAUUCUCCAUGAAUCUGUGUAGACCAGUUAUGGUUAGAAAACCAUAAAUCUGAAUUUCUAUUCUCCAUAUGGACAUAUUAUAUUGAUGGAUGGAAUUAGUUUUUCAUGUUUCCUUUUGAUGUACAUGCUGCAAAUUGUAGAAAACAUAGGCUUAAAGGGACACAGCAACACAACAAAUGUCUUUGUUUAAUUUAGCCUUCACCUUUCAAGUGUAAGUCAUUGCAGUUGUUAUAUUUUAUAUAAGUAAAGCAAUGUUGCAAAA